CACCAAUUCACCGUGGCAGAGUUCUCUGCCUACCACCUACGGAGCGUCAUCCAGCACCUUGACGGCCUCACCAUUGCACGCACCGCGAAACUUACGACGGGCUGCAGGGGGCACGCCGAGGACGAACUCGUCGAGGCACCACCGACGGACACGCCACACGGCGUCGAGACGGAGUUCCAUGGGGGCGAGGGCGUCGACCCGGACGAGCCCGAGAACGAGGCGGUCGACCUCGCAGAACGCUCCCCACCACUUUUCGGAGCCCUGAACGUGAAGCAGUUGACCGGCAUCUUGACACGAGCCAAAGAAUUUGAAGCGGCCAAGAGACCCGGUCGAAAGAGCCAGGAGCUGAAACAGAUGAAUACCUUCGACGACCUUUGCCACGCGGUGCUGCGCAGCCCGUCGCCAGAGAACGACGUGGCAUUUGCGCAGGUCCAGAGAAGCUAUGGCUCUCCCCUUGCCGGGCUCACCGCCGCACUCGACAUGCAAGACGCCAUCAUGAAACACCUGAAACGCACCGCCACCAUGCAGGGCGACAUGCCCGUCGACGACAUCGACCCCAUCAUUCCGGAGGCAGCGUUGCACAACCUGCAGCAGCAACGACUGGGGUGUGAGUGGAUUGACUUGACCGACGCUUUACAAGGCCCGGCACAUGUGGCCAAUAUGCUUGUUCGACGCUGCCAGGAGCGACGCUCCACGCCGACGCGGCCCUACAAACUCAACGAAGAGCAGCUCCAGUGCAUUGCCCUCUUCGCGACCCGCCUGGAGCAGGCCUUCCUCGGGCGCCCCGAUCCGAGCGAACCGCGGCUCCAUCCAGCUCGCGCCCCGAUGACCACGAUCAUGGACGGCGGGGGUGGCUGCGGCAAGACGACUUUGAGCGCCGAGAUCCUGCUGCCCUUACUCGAGACGUUCUUCCACCCCGAGGGGGGGCUGACGCCCGAGAGCUCCACGCGAACACACGCGUUGGCCUUGAACGUGCAGACUCGCCAAAAGCUUGCCGUCGCCCACGUCGAUGCAGGCGCCUUGUGCGUCGACGAGCACUCACAACUAUUAGGCGAGCUCAACCGCGCCGGAGCUCUACGAACCACGCACGCUCGCGAGGCAAAAUACGGCUUGAACAAAAACGCCGUGCGCUUCACCGACGAGACACUCAUCGACAUUCUGAACACCAUGUGGGCGCCUGGCGGCAGCGCCCUCAUGGAGCAACAGUGGCAGGCCCUCAAGGACACCGAAGUCAGUGCUGAACAGCCUGACAUCCCAGCGUCCUGGUACCACUCCUGCUACUGCUGGAGCGUCAUCAGCAUGGCCGCGUUCAUGCUCGCACAGCAGUCCGCCCGUGAGGCCCAGCAGACUCUAUUUUACGUGCAAGCCGUGGACCAAGCCAAGGCCACCAUACCAGAGACGAACACGGCGCAGUUCUACGAGGACUUACUUCGGAUACCCAGCAUCCAGAAAACGAGACGCCUCCCACCGGUGGUGCUCUUCCAUUACGAUGUGCGAGUACGGCUCACGACCACCAUCCAGAAACCUUUUGCUGCGCAGGACGUCGAGGGCACCGCUGUCGGUUUUGACCCGGGCCCCGCCGACCUCACAACGAAAAGCAGGCUAUUUUAUGUGAAGCUGGAUGAGUGCGACAUCCAGCUCUUGCCACCAGCAGUGUGUCCGGAACAUCCCGAGCGCAGCUCAACGUGCGCUCGCUGCACCAGUGCUGCACAGCCUGGCGUCAUGGCCAUCCGGCCUAAGCCGCGUACGUUCAAACAUUUCUUCUCACCAACGGAGAAGGCCAGAUACGUCAUAAUCUCACGGACACAGAUACCGCUGAUGCCGGCGGCGGCCGUCCCGCUUUACUCGAUGCAGGGCACCACGGCAGAUCCCGGUCUGGUGGCCGAUUGGUUCUUCCCGCAACGAUGCACCGACACCAUCCGAUGGCUGAUUGUCUACGUCAUGCUCUCACGGCCUCGCUCACUUGCUACCCUCAAGUCCGUGAAUUUGACGAAGCAGAUCCGUGACAUCAUAGAACAGCGUCCGCCCGGGGAUCUCGUCGCCAACUUCGAUCGACUGUUCCGCGAAAAAGUCGAGGCGACGAGGGACCUGGCACGAGAUGCCGCACGUGCCUACGCGCUACUGACCAGCUCUACCGACCACCACUCGACCAGCUCCACUGACCACACUACCAGCUCUACCGACAGCUCUACCAGCUUCAAUGACCGCCAUUUGACCAGCUCCAUUGACCACUCGACCAGCGCUGCCGACCACCACCUGACCAGCUUUACCGACAGCACCUUCCCAGAAAACACCUACAGGAUCUCAGAGGACCACGUCGGAGACUCAGAGAGCACCUACGGGAACUCAGAGGGCACCUACGGGCUCACAGGUAGCAUCCUCGGGGCCAAGCAGAGCUUUCUCAGUGCAUGGGCGAGGAUCUCGAUGUCCAGGCACCCGGCCACAUCCAACAUGCGCAAGGCCGACCUGCUGUCGGAGCUGAUGCAAUUGGACGAGGACGGCUGCAACAUGACGGUGGAGAUGCUCCGGGCCAGGCUCAGGCAGAUCUACCAGGCCAUGCCUGUCGUUGGUGCGCCUGUCCGGCACAAGAAGCACGCCGAGCUUGUCCGGGACGCGACUACCAUGGGGUGCGUGCUCCACGGCAAGGAGACCCGAGGCGACCUCCAGAUCCUCAUCGCGGAGAAGGUCGAGGCCAACCAGGUCAUGGUCAAGCCGACCGAUCUCAUGCCGUUCGGGAGGCACCGGGGCAAGACGCUCCAAACCCCGAUCGAGCAGGAGCGCGAGUACGCCGGGUGGCUGCUCAGCCUGAACAGCUACCGCUACAAGCGCCUCACGCACUGGAUGAUCACGCAGGGCAUCAAGGCCGAGGACAUGAUGAACCAGUCGAAGCUCGAGCUCCCGCAGCCGAAGGUUAAGGCGGAGAGGGGCGAGAAGUCGGAGGACCCGUGGCUGCUGCGAGAUGACGCGACCUCGAAGUCCAAGGAGGAUGUGAUCAUCGACCUUCUGGGCGACGUGAAAGUGGCGGUGAACGCCUGGGCGACCAGCGUGCAGAAGGCGACCUGGCUGUCGGGGUCCCUGGACCAGAGUGCGACGCCAGCCUGGACGUUCCUCACCGGGGCUGCUCGUGUCAACCUGAUGUAG